AAACGAAAUUUUUAUUCCGUAAGAAAUGAGCUAAGGCCUAUAUCCUAUUAGAAAUUCCUACAAAUUCAAAAUUCCAAACUAACAGCAAACAAUUUUGGCCUUUUCUUUCGCGACUUUUCGGUAUUGAAAUUCAUCUAUUUGGCUUGUAGUUCUUACAAUGACAAUGCGACUUAAUUUGGGCUCAAUUUUAAGGAGCCAAGUAGAGUAUCCCAUUAACGAGCCCGGCAAUCAUGAUACCAAUAAAAUGGAUGGAUGCUCAUUAAGAUUGGGAGCUGGCGGCGGUCAUAAUUACUUCCCGGAUAAGGUUGACGUGAAGGCUCGGGUGCACAGCAUGAUGGCCAAUAUACAUAAGCAUAUGAAGACAACAAUUCCACCGCGCAAGGCUGUGCCAACGAUACCGGCUCCCAUAGCGGAAAUAUCCACGUCGUCCACUGCAACCAAAACAACUAAUGCAAAGAAGAAUCGUCGCAUUCGGGGCGGAGGCGUAGGCGCUCUUGCGGCCGGCAAGAACUCAACGUUGCCACUAUCGCAGAUCAAGGCUCGGUUGAGUCGUCAGUCGCAGCAGGUGAUGCGACGAGGCUACACUGAAAUUGGGCAAAAGAGUUUUACGAAUCAGCGACGCAUUCGGGAGGUGUUGCUUCAAAAAACUGUGCUAGAGAAUAUGUUGUUACAGCACAAGAGAUUGCAGCGCGACAGGCAGACAAUUGCGCUGGAGAUACAGCAAAUGCGUCAAGAGCUCGAUAAGAUCAAGAACAGGCUGGACACAUCGCAACAGGCCCUCAACUCCACGCGCACCCUGUAUACGGGCUUCAUCAAGGGCAAAAAGGGCCUGAUGCCGAUGACUCUGCCAACGAAUGUUGUCAACAGUGGCAAGCCAAAGUCAUUUGAUACAAAAAUGUCUAGUGUAUCUGCAAAAAGUCAGCUCUCGGUAAUACCAAAGCGUCGCAAUCGCCAAGUCAAAACAAAAUAA